AUGCUAUCAGGUAUGACUAUAACACACAUCACUUCUCGGUGCCCGCGACUGGGAAUCAUUCCCUACACGGUUGCACUGCUGAUAGUCGGCUACUGCAUUGGAUUUCUGGAUAUUGAAACUGGUGGCGGUUUGGGAACGCUGUCCCAAAGUAUCAGCCUUUGGAUCGCCAUGGAUCCGCACCUGCUCCUAUUUGCCUUUCUUCCUGUUUUGCUUUUCGGAGAUGCCAUGUCGAUUGUGUGGCACGAUUUCCAGCGGACGGCUGCUCAAUGCGUUCUCCUGGCAGGACCUGGAGUGCUGAUUGGGACAGCACUGAUGUACCUUGUGGCCAAGUACAUUUUUCCUUUUGGCUGGAGUGACUUCGAGUGCGCCGCGUUUGGCAGUGUUUUGGCAGCCACCGAUCCUGUGGCGGUGGUAGGUCUCUUGAAGGAGAUGGGAGCAAGCAGAGUCCUAACGAUGCAGAUAGCUGGAGAGUCCCUGCUCAAUGAUGGUGUGGCGAUUGUCGUGUGGCUUGUCUUUUUCAAUUUCAUGAAAGGAGGAGAGGCUGGUGCAGAGAUCCUCUGGAGCUUCUUGCGCCUAGCAGCUGGUGGGUGUGCUUUUGGGGUCGUAUGUGGACUUGUAGGGUCACGAUGGAUAUCUUUGGCCUCUGACCGUCUGGUUCAUACGGACUCCUUGGUGCAGGUGACACUCACCAUCACUGUGGCCUACGUUUCUUUCUUUGUCGGAGAAAACGAGCUGAAAGUGAGCGGCGUGCUCGCGACCAUCUUCACGGCCCUCAUGGUGAGCAGAAUAUGCAAGCCACUUCUUUGUGACAAGGAUGGGCUUCAAGCGAUUUGGCACACUCUGGAGUUUUUUGGCAACACCAUCCUCUUCGUGCUGUGUGGUGUCUUUGCAUACACGGCAUGCAAGAAGGUGGAGUGGGCCGACUUUGCCUGGCUGGGUUUGUUGUACAUACUUGGGAACCUCGCUCGGGGCUUGAUGAUUGCGAUGCUGGCACCUCUCGUCAACUUGGUGGGCGGUUCUGACGUGACGCGGACCACUUGGAGAGAAUGCGUUGUCAUGACGUGGGGCGGCCUCCGAGGAGCCGUAGGUCUUGCCCUGGUGCUGUCAAUGCGAGAUUUGCUGAUACAACAGGGCAAGGAGUACACAGCAAACCUGAUGGUCUUCUUCAUCUCUGGCUUUGCAACGCUUACGCUGUUGAUCAAUGCCACCACCUGCAGCCUGCUCUUGAAGUACUUGGGUCUCACAAAGCCACUGGAGGCCCAGACGGCUAUUCUACAAACCCUUCGGCAGGAAUUGAUGGCUGCUUCCAAGAAAGCCUUUAGCGAUUCCCUUGCCACUGAUGAACGCUUCAAAGCAGUUCACCAGCGAGAGCUGGAUAUGCUACUGGAGCAUCUCGAAGAAGAAUUGGGAGACCCUUCCCAGGAGAUAUUCAAUCAGUCUUACAGUUGUGGCUCCUCCAAUCCCCAUCUGAAGACAGAUGCUGAUGACCAAGGUGACAGUGUGCGAAGAAUGGCCUCUGAUCCACAGAUGUACCCGGCCUGGGGGCACUGGUGGUGGGGCUUUGAAGAGGUUCGCGUGGAUCGUGGGGUGGCCUUGAGGAAGGAGGAUUCCAGCCACUUCCUUGAGCAAAAGCGGCUUGGCGUGGCGGCAAAGGGGACCUAUCAGGAACGAGUCGUAUACAGGAAGCUCUUCAUGUCCAUGCUGCGUGCUGAGUACAUGCGUCUCAUAGAGGUUGGGAUGCUGCCAAGACGAGCUUCAGGUGCUGCCGUCCUGUUGGCUAGCGUGGAUGCUGCUGAUGACUUCGCUCACAUUGGCCUGAAUGAUUGGAAGAUCAUGGAAAGGAGACUUGUGCAGCGAGUUAACAGCAUCCGCCGCAAGGUCUCAGAGAUGCUGUCUCCAUAUUUCUCGUUUGCGCCUGUUGAGAUCAAUGGUGGAUUCUUCUUUGACCUUUUCACUGUCGUGGCUUUUAUUGACGCCCACCAUACUGUGUCCCAUCGAAUGCUCAAAAGCGAAUGUCUACAGACCAAUGCGCGUGCAGAUGUGAUUGCCGAGUCACUCUCAGAGAUAGAAGCGGCUCAUCAGCUCUUGAAGGAGAAUGGCAUCGGAGCAGCACAAAUUAGCAAGGUUCGCACCAUGCAGCUGGCUGCGAUGCUCUUUGAAACACAAAAGGAUUUGGUGGCCAAAUGGAAGCGCGAAGGGGUGAUCUCUGAGAAGGAAAUGGAAGAGCUGCUGCACCUCAUCAAACAUGGAAUGGAGCAAUCCGAAUCAUUGCUGAAGAAGAAGGUAAUGAACAAUGGAGAGGUUUCCCCAGCAGCUUCUCCGAGCAAGGCACCCGCCGUACACCCGGCUCCUGAAUGA